UUUUUUCUCAUUAACAAGGUUAAUUUCAUUUAUUCAAAUAAGAAUAAGUUUGAAUAUGAAGCACGAUCUGGUGGUGGAAAAAGCACUAGAAAGGAAAAAUUAAACGCGGUUCUCAAAAUCCAAGGAGAGAAGGAAAAAAAUUAGAAAAGUAAUAAACGAGAGUGGAACAGAGGGGAUUGGACUGAGGAUGGCCGGGCUUACCAGCGUAGUCACACGUAAUACGUUUAAUAACGGGGAGAGACUAGAGACAUUGGGUUGAGAGCGAGGGGGAAAGAGAAAGCGUGAGAUACAGAUCCACGUUCCACACCAAUACACACCGCUUCCCCGGAAUCCAGAUCUUCCCAAUUACAAACCCUACCCCCACUCCUCUGAACGAUAGGUUCAAAAGUAUUAAGCAAAAUAGAGUCGAGCCAAGCCUUCUCUAUCAAUCUGCCUCAUCUUCUUCGUCGUUUUUCUUCUUCCAAAUUAGUAAAUUGAAUUGCUCCAUCUCUGCACCGCUUGUCUCCUUGAGAUCUAGUAUUUCUAUUGCGCAUCCUCCCUUUUCUUUUCCAAGAGCAUGGAGAGCGACAAGAAAUCCUCCGUUUCCGAUGUGGGUGCCUGGGCCAUGAAUGUUAUCAGCUCCGUCGGAAUUAUCAUGGCUAACAAGCAGCUUAUGUCCGCCAGUGGUUACGCAUUCAGCUUCGCCACCACUUUAACUGGGUUUCAUUUUGCGGUUACUGCACUGGUUGGUCUGGUGUCAAAUGCUACUGGCUAUUCUGCAUCAAAGUAUGUUCCUUUGUGGGAGCUUCUCUGGUUCUCAAUUGUAGCCAAUAUGUCUAUCACAGGGAUGAACUUGAGCCUCAUGCUAAACUCAGUUGGAUUCUAUCAAAUUUCAAAACUGAGCAUGAUUCCAGUGGUAUGUGUGAUGGAAUGGAUCCUUCAUAACAAACACUACUCUAGGGAAGUGAAGAUUUCUGUGGUGGUUGUGGUUAUAGGAGUGGGUGUCUGCACUGUAACUGAUGUGAAAGUUAAUGCUAAAGGUUUCAUAUGUGCCUGUGUAGCAGUAGUGUCAACAUCUUUGCAGCAAAUUUCAAUAGGUUCUUUGCAAAAGAAGUACUCAAUUGGAUCUUUCGAAUUGCUGAGUAAAACUGCUCCGAUUCAGUCCAUCUCCCUCCUUGUGCUUGGUCCAUUCAUCGAUUACUUCCUUAAUGGCAAAUUUAUUACAAACUAUAAGCUGUCUUCUGGUGUCAUUUUUUUCAUACUCCUUUCAUGCUCCCUAGCAGUGUUCUGCAAUGUGAGCCAGUACCUCUGCAUAGGACGCUUCUCAGCAGUUUCCUUCCAGGUUUUAGGUCACAUGAAAACAGUUUGUGUUCUUACACUGGGGUGGCUGCUCUUUGAUUCAGAGCUGACUUUUAAGAAUAUUUCAGGAAUGAUUGUUGCAGUUGUUGGAAUGAUAAUUUAUAGCUGGGCUGUGGAGAUUGAAAAGCAGGCAAAUGCGAAGACAAUGUCCAAUGUUAAAAACAGCCUGACAGAAGAGGAAAUUAGACUUCUGAAGGAUGGGAUAGAGAAGACACCAGUAAAGGAUAUUGAACUUGGUGAAUCUAAAGAAUAGAUUGACACAUGGCAGGAAAAACAGGUACUUUGUGUGAGUUCACUUCAAUUUGGUUUGUUUUUUUGCCUCAUUUACGGCCGUAUCAAGACUUAAUCUGCUGACCGUUACACACCAUCACACAUUCAUCUUAGAAAUUGUCAUCAAUUUUAUAAAAAUUUCUUAGUUUCAUUUUAAAUUAUUCUUCUUUUUAUUUAUCUGUGUGUAUGGUGCACUGAUGAAGGCACAAUGGGUUAAUAUGUAAAAUCCGUUUUGUUCAAGCUGGUAGUCUAGCUACUUUAAUGUCUCUCGUAAGGUCAUGUACUAUGGAUGGUGGAGGAAGCAUUUUAUUUUGAUUCAGCUUAUGUAUAUUGCAAGAUUAGAGA